AUGCCUAUGCUUCGCAAUCCCUCCGAUAAAUAUGACGCGUUCAGCCCUCCAGAUCUCCCAGACAGAAAAUGGCCCUCCAGGCGGCUGACGAAAAAACCUCGCUGGCUGGCGACUGAUCUGCGCGAUGGAAAUCAGGCUCUGGCAUGCCCAAUGAACGUCGAACAGAAGUGGGAAUACUUCCAAAUGCUCCUCCGAGUCGGAUUCACAGAGAUCGACAUCUCAUUCCCCAGCGCAUCCGAUACCGAAUUCAACUUCACCCGCAAUGUCGUUGCAGCCGCCCCCUCAGAUGUAUGGCUACAAGUCCUCUCUCCUUGCCGAAAGGAAUUGAUCCGACGAACAGUCGACAGUGUCACGGGCGCAAAGAAGGCAAUCAUAAGUUUGUACAUCGCAACCAGCGACAGCUUCAUCACAACAAUGUUCGAAUCCACACAAGAAGCCGUUCUUCGCACAGCGGUCGAAUGCGUGGAAUAUACUCGAUCCAUCACGAAAGAUGAUCCAACACAACAAGACACAACUUGGAACCUGAUGUUCAGUCCCGAGGCAUUCUCAGAUACGGAAUCAUCCUACGCUAUUGCUGUUUGCAAAGCCGUGAAAGAAGCAUGGGGCCCAUCCGAUGAUAUCCCCAUUAUUCUUAAUCUACCUGCGACCGUUGAGCGGUGCACACCAAACACAUACGCGGAUCAAGUUGAGAUCUUCUCCCGCGCGUUCGCGGAUGCUGAAGACGUCGUUGUCUCGUUACAUCCGCACAACGAUCGGGGCUGUGCUGUCGCAGCCGCAGAACUUGGACAGCUGGCCGGUGCUACCCGCGUCGAAGGCUGUCUGUUUGGCAAUGGCGAGCGAACGGGUAAUGUCGACCUUGUUACUCUUGCGUUGAACCUAUACAGUCAGGGUGUGGAUCCGGGGCUGGACUUCUCUGAUCUUCCUUCCAUUCGUAAAACAGUGGAAAAGAUCACCCAGAUCCCGGUGCACAUGCGUGCUCCAUAUGGUGGCGAGUCGGUCUUCAUGGCAUACUCCGGGUCUCACCAGGAUGCUAUAAACAAAGGUUUCAAGAAAUGGCGCGAUGGCAACUCUGCGCCGGAUCGACGCAGUAUCUGGAAAGUUCCUUACCUGCCCAUCGAUCCGGAGGAUAUCGGUGAAACAUAUGAGGCCGUUAUCCGCAUCAAUUCUCAAAGCGGAAAAGGUGGCGUUGCCUGGGUUCUUCAGCGCACGUUGGACUUGGAGUUACCCAAGGAGUUCCAGCAGGCGUUUUCCAAAAUUGUGAAGUCCGAGUCAGAGGAAAAGGGGCGCUGGCUUACAGAGGCGGAAAUCACACAUUCGUUUCUGCGCCAUUACUCCAUCUUGGAGAAAGAUCCCCGCAUUUUGGAGUGCACAGUGACCACGAGCCCAGAUAACUCCGGUCGCGUUGAAAUGCGUUCUAUUAUUUUGGUCAAGGGUCGCCCGCGUGAGGUCCUGGCCACCGGUGAAAAUGCUGCUGAUGCGGUGUCUUUCGCGUUUUCGUCUUUGGCUGCUCUGAACUUGGAGUUUGAAGUUGUGUUGCGCGAUAUUCAGGGCAGCGACGGAGAGCCACUUAUUAUUGCGCUUGUCAAGUGUAGGGAUGUUUGGCGUGCGAGAGCUGCUAAGCGUGGUGAUGUUGCUAUCGCCUUGGCGUGUUUGUCUUCCGCUUUGGAUAUGCAAGAGAAAUUGCCCUCUAGCCGGCAGUUUCUGAGACUUUUGCCGAUCAUCCACGUGAAUUGA